AUGGACGCUGCCCUUGCGACCGCCCAAGUUGUGAAGGGCGCUUUUCUCGUGCUGACCGCGCUUGCGCUCACCGCGUACAAGUGGCCAGAACAUAAAAAUCCCCAAGACCUUCCAAUAUGUGAUUAUGUCAUCGUCGGCGCGGGUACAGCGGGUAGCAUCAUAGCAAACCGCCUUUCUGAAGACCCGACAGUCAAUGUGUGCGUCAUAGAGGCGGGAGGAGAUCCACCCUUGGAGUCAGAGAUUCCAUCUUUGUUUCCUUAUUUACCGAAAACUAACAUUGACUGGAACCUCACUUCCGAAGAUGAUGGCUUUACGGCGCAAUAUCGUAGAUACAAAUAUCUCGAUCUCCCAGCUGGUAAAGUACUUGGUGGGAGCAGUACUUUACACCAUUUUUAUCACGUUAGAGGAGACCCCACGGAUUAUGACGACUGGGCGAAGGCGUCUGGUGAUAACUCGUGGUCAUGGCAAAAUCUGCUUCCAUAUUUCAUAAAAAGUGAACACGUUGAGGAUGAAUAUAUACUAAACUCAGAAAACGGAAGAUACCACGGGACGAAUGGGUAUUUACGACUAACAAGAGAAAAUAGAGAUUUACCACUUAAAUACUUGAAGGCUCUUGAGGAAAUGGGACACAAAAUACUUGAAGACGUAAAUGCAGGAGAGACGCUAGGCUUCACUCGGCCAUUAUUCUCCAUAUCGGGAGGAGUUCGACAAAGUAGCGCGUCAUCGUAUUUAACACCAAUAAAGAAUAGACAAAAUUUGUAUAUCGUUAAAAAUACAAUGGUAACUAGAAUUAUCAUCAGUAAUUUAGAAGCAACCGGUGUGCAGUGUACAACGUCAAACGGACAAACUAUUAUAAUAAAUGCUCGAAAAGAAGUUAUUAUUUCAGCUGGAGCCUUUAACUCACCGAAGCUUCUCAUGCUCUCCGGUAUAGGACCAAGAGAUCAUCUCAACAGUUUGGGUAUUCAAGUACUGUCUGAUUUGCCUGUAGGAGAAAAUUUACAGGAUCACUUGGCCGUAAUUUUGAUCCAUCAAUUAGAAGCGACCUCUGAGACACCACCAGCAUCGGAUCCAACUAAAUUUCCGUUACCAACUUUUAUUGGUUUUGGAGCUGUGAACAAGUCACAAAGUCACCCAGACUAUAUGACUUUGAAUAUUAUUAGUAGAAACGCUCCUGCUGCUUUAAUGCAACUUUGUUCAUCUGUAUUUUUCCUACAUGACGAAAUAUGUAAUGAAAUUUAUGCUGGUGGAGAAGGCAGAGAAGUACUUUUAACGGUAAUGAAUGUUGGUAGACCGGUUUCUCGUGGACAUGUGGAAUUACGAAGCACAAAUCCUGAAGAUCCGCCAAGAAUUUAUACCGGAUUUUUAAGCGCUAACACAGACAUAAUAAAAAACAUCGAUUCAAUCUUAGACUAUAUCAGAAUAACAGAAUCAAGUCAUUUCAUAAAUGUCGGUGGUGAAACAAUGUACUUCAACUUCCCUAGCUGCCCGCAACCGCCAAAUACAAGAGCCUACUGGAGAUGCUAUAUUCUCAAUAUGAUGGACACUACUUUCCACUACAGUAGCACGUGCGCCAUGGGAUCUGUUCUCGACUCUAGUCUUCGUGUCAGAGGUAUCAGCAAGCUUAGAGUGGCGGACGCGAGCGCCAUGCCAAAUAUCGUAAGCAGUAACAUAAAUGCUGCCGUAGUAGUGCUCGCAGAAAAAGCGGCUGAUUUGAUUAAGCAAUCCCAAAUUUGUGCGUAAAUUGUAGAAAUAAUGUAAUUUAAUAACUAUACUUUAUUUAUUUAUAUGAUCAUUUUACGAGUCAAAUAAUAUACGGGAUAGUAGAACAGCUUUUUCCAAUCGUCAAGUUUUAAUAUAAAAAAUAUAUUCUAUAAAGUUGCAAA